UUAUUAUUAUCUUAUAUGCUGUGUUGAUAGGAGCAUGGUGGGAAUUUGAAUGAAGCUGUGGAUGCACAUUUCAAUCAGGGAGACAUCAAUAGAGUAAAUGCAGCACCUGUUGCUGCUGCUCCACAUGAGGAUGAUAUGGAAAUAGAUGAUCCCAUUACAGAGGAGUUUCACAGGCCUCCCUUUUCAGUUUUUCCCUCUUCUAGAAUUCCAAAUGCUUUCUCCCUUCUUGAUCCUAGUUUCCCUAGAAGUGUGUUCGACACCGAUCUUACAAGCCGUGCUCCAUUUGUUUCACAUCCAAGACAAGUAAGAGAGAUACCUAUUGAGGUGAAGGAUGGGGAUGGACAAUCUGGUCAUUCUAGAAAUGCUCCUGUUAUUGAGGAUGUUACAGACACUGACCAGACCCAUGGCCCAGAAACUCGUGGGACUGUCAUAAUUGAUGAGGAUGAUGACGAAAUAGUUCCAGAUCCUCUGGCAACACAUGCUGCCAGGCGUGAUAGAACAAGUGAUGAUGUCUUUGACGGGGACUCCACAGCAGUGUUCUCUGGACCAAGUGCUCCUGCUGCUGAUGUCUUGCCAGACUAUGCCAAUGAUAUUGAGGAGGAAAUGGUUCGCGCUGCAAUUGAAGCUUCCAAACGUGAUGCUGAAAUGUCGACUCAACAAUUCGAUGUCAACAGUGAGCUAA